UCGACAGAGGAACAAGAAGCGACUGUAGUAAACUUGCCGUUUUCAAACAAAUAUCAGACGAAAGCGUCAACGUUUGCGCAGUUUGCUGCACGUCUCUGUGGCCAUGGCUGUGGAAUGACAAAGAGGAGAGUUGAGCUGGAGGUGAGCGGGAGCUGCACGGCAGGAAUGAGGAUCCGGCUGCAGGGUCACGGCCAUGCCGCCAGCCUUCUCGCUGAGCUCAACCGCUGCCGCCAGUCCAACCACUUCUGUGAUGUUUCCUUACACGUUGGAAGCCGUACGUUUGCGGCCCACCGCGCGGUGCUGGCCUGCGCCGCCACCUACUUUAAUGGACUGUUCUCUCAGGCGCCUGCGUCCUCCCCCGUCUUCUCUUUGGAGUUUGUUUCGCCGGCCAACUUUGAGAAGGUGCUGACCUUCAUUUACACAGGGGAAGUCAUGACAGACCUGUUGGAUGUCGGGGUUCUGUAUGAGCUCGCUGAGAGGCUCGGCGUUUGUGAACUUGUGAGCGCGUGUCACGCCACCUUUCCGGAUCUCCAGUUCUCCAUGUAUGCCAGCAGAAAAGCCAGUGUUUCCUCUGAGAAGCUGGCAGCCCGUGUCGUCACGGCGGCUUCUUUGGUGGAUGCCGGUGAUGCCACAUCUGCCUGUUCAUCCGCCGCCUCAUGCUCUUCUCUGUCCUCGUCGGCCGGUCCAUCUGUCACCCCGACUCCUGCUGCUGCUGCUGCUGCCUCCUCACCUCUCUCCCACAUGAGAACUGUCAGUUCUGCCUCUACAGCUGCCACAGGAGCUCUGAACUUAAAGACUGAAGACAUUGAGUCUUUGGUUGGAUAUGGGCAGAUAUCCGAACUUUCAGAAGGACCUGGACUUAAAAUCAACGCUUCCACAAACGGUGAUGUGGCAUUGCCGUCAGGGUUUCACCUGAAGACCGAGCAGGUGGGAGGAUCCGCAGUGACACAGAAUCAAGGGAAUGACGGCAGCAACGCAGCAGCCGCAGACCAAGUGGACUCUUCUCCCCAGCCGUCCACGGAACCCCGCGCCCCUUUGUCAUCCUCAGGAGAAGGAGGUGGUAGCCCUGCAGUGGAUGGUGUGAGGAGAGAUCUAGCAGAAGUGCAGGGCGCUGAAGCAGCGUCUGCUCAUCGAGACAACGAAGAGGUCCAAGACAUUUUAGAGAGCAAUGGUGCCAUGGAGGUUAUCGUUGGACAGCACUGGAACCAGCUCGCCAGCGAGAUCAUCGAGUUGAGCGACGACGAGAACUUUAUGGAGGAAGAAGAGGAUGAUGAAGAUGAUCUUGUUUGUGUGGUGAACGGUGCCACGGACGCCCUGAGCAGUCAGGUGUCUGGGAGCUCUUUGUCCUGCAGGAGCUGCGGCGUGGCGCUGGCUGCAGACCCCCUGGCUGUCAGACGACACGCUGAGAGUCACAUGAGCCCGCAGGGCGUGUGCCGCGUGUGCGGGGGCUCCUUCCAGGAGGGCUCGGCCGCCAUGGCCCACAGCCUGACCCACGUGGGAGUUCCUCUCUUCACCUGCGACAUGUGCCGUGUCCAGUUCUGCAGCCAGAACCGAGUGCUGCGCCACCAGCGCCAGACGUCCUCGUGCUACACCAUCCCGCAGCGGGCACUGACCAGCAGGAGCCUGACCUUGGAGCCGGUCUGCGCCGUGUGCAACAAGACCCUGGGCAAAGACUUCCAGAUGGUUCGGGACCACCUGCUGACUCACGUGAGUCCUCAGAGCCUCAGCUGUGGUGUGUGUCACCAGCCCCUGGCUUCUCUCUGCUCCCUGCUGUGGCACGCCCUCGGCCACCUCUCCAUCCCCGUCUUCUCCUGCCCGCACUGUGCACGCUGCUUCGUAGAGCGCCGCCUCCUGGACAGACACAUGGCAGCGCACGCGGAGGAGGCUGCAGAGAAGGAGCGGGAGCAGUCGGCAGAGAUGAGGGCUGGACGCCUGGGCCUGGAGGGCCCUCAGGCCUUCGCUUCUGCUGCUGCCUUACAGCGGCACCUGCAGUCACACGCCAGCGGAUGCAAGCGGAAAGGCGAUCACCUGGAAGUCCCGCCCCCGUCUUGCCCUGCUUCCUCCCUGGAGGAGGGAGGCUGCGUGAAGAUGGGUCACGUGGGUGCGGACGUGGGCUUCAGCCUGCCCGACCAGUACUUGCAACACCAGAUGCUGAACUUUGAACCGGCCGCCUUCAAUGGGGGGAGCGGGUCGGACUGUGGGGUGGGAGUGGCUGCGGCGGCGCGGGGAAAGUGGUACCGCUGUCGCUAUUGUGGGAAGUGUUUCGCCCAUUCGGGUGAGUUCACCUACCACCUGCGCAUCCACACGGGCGAGAAGCCGUACCAGUGCAAGGUCUGCCUACGCUUCUUCCGCGGCCGCUCCACCAUCAUCUGCCACCUGAAGACGCACGCCGGCGCCCUCAUGUACCGCUGCACCGUCUGCGGCCUCUUCUUCUCCACGCUGAAGAUGGUGUCUUCACACAUGGAGCUGCAUAAAGACCACCUGCCUCCAGACUUCAACAUGGAGCAGACCUUCAUGUACAACGACCACUCCAAAGAGACGCUGCCCGCUAUAGACGCCUGAGCGACAGGCGUGAGGCUUCAUCUUCAGAGCCGAAAUUCAACCGUUUCCAUGAGUUCUGAGCCGAGAGCGCCACCUACUGACCUCUGGAAGUGUGGACACGGUUUCAUGAAAAGCCUCGACAGCUCAUCUGCUGAACGCUACGCCUUCAACCAAGCGAGUCCGUUGGACAUCAGUGUAUAAAUAUAGUCACCGAUUUAUUUUUUAAAGUUCAAGUUAUAUAGAUUUUUUAUAAUUUAUGAUCAUGUUUUGCGACAUCAAAAAGUCAAAUAGACUGGUGUGUGAUCCAUGAACUGUUUAUCGACCUGUGACUGUCGACACCACACGAUUGUUGGUCUUUGCUAUCCAUGUAUUUUGUUAACACUAUUGAUGUACCUCGUAUUUAAGUGUCAAGUCAAUUAAAGUGGCAGGACGCAAAGUAAA